AUGAGCUCUUAUUUUCUAAACUCGUUCUCAGGGCGCUAUCCAAAUGGGUCCGACUAUCAGUUACUAAAUUAUGGGACUAACGGCGCUAUGAACGGUUCUUACAGAGACUCUGCCAGCAUGCAUUCUGGCUCUUUCGGCUACAACUACAAUGGAAUGGACCUGACUGUAAAUCGUUCAAACACCAAUGCCCAUUUCGGUUCAGUUGGAGACAAUUCCCGCGGUUUCCAAACCGCGGGCCCGGACACCCGGUAUAGGCAGUCGAGCUGUUCGCUCUCGUCUUCAGAUCCUCUGUCUUGUGCCAACAACGAAACUCUGGAGCUGAAAGGCUCCUCUACCCCAUCUGACCAGAGCACAAACGCGGGCAGCAACAGACUCGCAAACAGCAACAACCUUACCAGCAGCAAUAGCACACACUUUGCAGAAACAGACGACACUAACGUCUCUUCAGAGACCGAAGAAGGCGCACACAACACCAACAAUCCUACUCCACGGGCGCAGAAACAGGAAUCUAUUGCGACCUCAACUACAACACCAAGCGACGGUCAAACACCACAAAUAUUUCCAUGGAUGAGGAAACUGCACAUUAGCCAUGAUAUGACUGGACCUGACGGUAAACGGGCCCGAACUGCCUACACCCGCUAUCAGACGCUAGAGCUGGAGAAAGAAUUCCAUUUCAAUAGGUAUCUAACCCGGAGGAGGAGAAUAGAGAUAGCCCACGCGCUUUGCCUCUCGGAGAGGCAAAUUAAGAUCUGGUUUCAGAAUCGGAGGAUGAAAUGGAAGAAGGACAAUAAACUCAAAAGUAUGAGUCUCGCUACAGCAGGGAGUGCUUUUCAGAACUGA